AUGUCUCGCGCAGCAAAGUUGGCAGAGCUCCGAGCUUUGCGCGCUGCUGGAAAGACGCGCCUGUCCACAUACGAAGUUGCCGAAGAAGAGCAAUUGUACGAUGAAGUUGACGAAGACGGCUACAAGAAGAUUGUCCGUAGCAGACUGGACCAGGAUGACUUCAUUGUCGACGAUAAUGGAGAGGGCUAUGUCGAUGAUGGCCGAGAAGAAUGGGACGAUGGGCAGGGCCGGUACCGUUAUGCUGCAACGGACAGCGAGGAAGAGGAAGACCGGCCCGCCAAAGGCAAAGCUGCCAAACGCAAGCGCGAAGAGGACAAGGAGAAGCAGGAGAAGAUCAACAACGGCAUCAGCAAGUACUUUGGAGCGAAGAACGCGGCAAAAGCUCCUAAGGCAAAGCCUGCCGUAACCGCUGCCGACGUAGACUUCAUGGACGACCUCCUCGGCGAGAUUGACACGAACCCCCGCGCCGCUCCCCGUAUGCGUGCUGUCAAGACUGAAGCACGACGAAAGACACGCGUACUGUCACCGCCUGUAUCCGAGAACCGCCCUGCAGUGAUCAAGCGUUCGUCAAACGAUUCCGAUUCGUACAUGCCCAACACACCCCCAGCAGCAAACGCAUUUGCGGACGACGAUGGUCUACCUACAUUCGACGAUGAUGUGCCAAUGAGUGAUCCGCCUCUGCAAUCGUCUCCCGUUGCAAAGGCUGUGGAGCGGAAAUCACAGCCAGUCGUCAAGGUCGAGGAGGAGGAUGAUGACCUAUUGGAGGUCGCACAGCCCACAAGACAUCUCGGAGUACCCGCUGCGAGCGUGAACAUGGCUGGCAAACGACCAAUUUCCAAACUCAGGAAGGCAGACUACCCGACACCAGCGAGCUCUUCGCCAGUAGGACCUUCAACAGCUUCAAUAAAUGCUUCCUCAUGGAAUGACGUGACAGACAAGCUCAACGUUAUGAGCAGUCCAGCCCCACAAACUACUGGCGUCGGAAAGAUGAGGUCCGAAGACGUUCUAGAGGAAGACGGCAGCGUCCGCAUGUUCUGGAUUGAUUACACCGAAAUCAACGGCAGUCUAUGCCUCUUCGGCAAGGUCAAAGAUCGAACAACUGGUUCCUACGCCAGUUGCUUUGUUAAAAUAGACAACAUUAUGCGCAAGCUGUACUUCCUCCCCCGAGAACACCGCCACGUCAGAGGGGUGGCUACCGACGAGGAAAUUGGCCUCAGCGAUGUUUCGGAUGAGCUGGACAACAUCAUGAGCAAGCAUCGUGUCAAUCUCCACAAGAUCAAGCCAUGCACAAGAAAGUACGCUUUCGAAUUGGCCGACAUUCCUAAAGAAGCGGACUACAUGAAGUUGCUCUACGGCUACGACAAGAUGCCACUCUCCUCUGACCUGACUGGAGAGACAUUCUCGCAUGUUUUCGGAACCAACACCUCACUCUUCGAGCAAUUUGUGCUCUGGAAGAACAUUAUGGGUCCUUGUUGGCUCAAGAUUGAUGGUGCAGACUUUGGCGCUAUCCACAAUGCGUCCUGGUGUAAGCUUGAAAUUCAGGUCAGCAAGCCCAACAGCAUCACAGUACUGAGCAACUCGGACAACCUGGAUGCUCCGCCAAUGACUCUCAUGAGUCUCUCUCUGCGCACUUCGUUCAACGCCAAAGAGAACAAGCAAGAAAUCCUAAUGGCAAGCGCAAUGGUCUACGAUAACUUCUCAUUGAGCGACACAACCCCCAUCGAUCAGAUGCAAGCCAAGAGCUUCACGCUCAUGCGACCGAACGGAACUGCAUUCCCGACAGGCUUCCAGGCCGAAGCCGCCAAGCUUAAAGGAAACACCAAGUUCGUGAAGACUGAGCAAGAACUUCUUAGCUUACUGAUGGCAAUGUUUCAACGACACGAUCCUGAUGUGCUGAUGGGCCAUCGCUUAGAUGACGUCGAUUACAGUGUCUUGCUGAACCGUCUUCGCGAGAAAAAGACUCCUGGUUGGCAUCGUAUUGGACGUGUGAAGAGAAGCGAUUGGCCAAAGAACCUGGGCAAAGGUGGCGGUAGCUUCUUCGCCGAGAAGCAACUGGCGUCUGGUCGCUUACUUUGUGAUUUGGCCAACGAUCUCGGAAAAUCCUUGAUGACAAAGUGUCAAUCCUGGAGUCUAGAAGAGAUGUGCCAACUGGUCCUUAACCAGCGCCGAGAGGAGCUCGACAACGAAGCUGCUCUAAAGAGUUGGGCGACUACCAAGGAAGGCUUAUUGAACUAUGUCAAGCAUUGCCAGGCCGACGCAUAUUUCAUCGCUGCCAUCUCGAUGAAGGUACAAAUGCUCCCACUUACCAAGGUAUUGACGAACCUUGCCGGUAACUCUUGGGCUCGCACGCUGAGUGGUACUCGCGCUGAGCGGAACGAGUACAUUUUGUUGCAUGAGUUCCACAAGAACAAGUACAUUUGCCCUGACAAGCAGUGGGGAAAGAGUAAGAUAAAGGUAGAAGAAGAGGCUGCCGAGGGAGAGGAGGGCACAGACGCGAAGAAGAAGGACAAGUUCAAGGGUGGUCUUGUUUUCGAACCCGAGAAAGGCCUCUACGACAAGUUCAUCCUGGUCAUGGACUUCAACUCUCUCUACCCCAGCAUCAUCCAAGAGUUCAACAUCUGCUUUACAACUGUCGAGCGAUCAGAUCUUUCCGAGGACGACGACAAAGUGCCUGAAGUUCCCGACAACCAGGAACAAGGCAUUUUACCACGACUUAUUGCCACUCUCGUUUCUCGUCGACGCGAAGUGAAGAAGCUCAUGAAGGCCAAGGAUGCCACAACGGAUCAAUUGGCCACCUGGGAUAUCAAGCAGUUGGCUCUCAAGCUUACUGCCAACUCUAUGUACGGAUGUCUUGGUUACACCAAGUCGCGCUUCUACGCCCGACCACUCGCCAUGCUCACAACCUACAAGGGCCGAGAGAUUCUUCGACGAACGAAGGACAUGGCUGAGGAGAAGAUGUUGCGCGUCAUCUAUGGUGAUACUGACUCCGUCAUGAUCAACACAAAUGUCGACAACAUUCAAGAUGCCUUGAAGCUCGGUAACGAGUUCAAGAAGAUUGUCAAUGAUAGCUACAGGCUUCUUGAGAUUGAUAUCGACAACGUUUUCCGUCGCAUUCUACUGCAUGCGAAGAAGAAAUAUGCUGCAAUCAACAUGGUCCCUGUUGAUGGCAAGUACAUUGAGAAGCUAGAGGUCAAGGGUCUAGAUAUGAGGCGCAGAGAGUACUGCGCUCUUUCCAAAGACACAUCCACUGAGCUCCUGAACUUCCUCCUAAGUGGCGAGGAUCCAGAAGUUGUUGUCGAAAAGAUCCACAACCAUCUGCGCGAGCUGUCGAAGCAGAUGAGAGAAUACGCCGUCCCAACCCGCAAAUAUACCAUCUACACGCAGCUUGGAAAGAACCCAAAGGAAUACCCCAACGGCAAUUCGAUGCCCUCCGUACAAGUAGCUCUCAAGCUGCAAGCGAAGGGCAAGCACGUCAAGGCCAAAGAUGUGAUGUCUUUCAUCAUCACAGGCGAGGCGUCUGGAUCUGCAGAGAAUGCAGCGAAGAACGCAUACCCAGUCGACGAAGUCCUCAAGCCAGGAAGUGAGCUGAAGCCCGACAUCGACUACUACCUCCACAAGCAGAUCCUCCCACCAGUAGAACGUCUCUGUGCUCCUAUCACUGGCACAAAUAUCACUCUUCUGGCAGCAUGUCUCGGCCUCGAUACAUCUAAAUACCGCGUCAACACCACCUCCGGCGCCACACAAGAAGAAACUGAAGUACAUCCUCUUGAGUCUCAGAUCCCCGACUCGGUGCGCUUCCAGGCCUGUGCGCUGCUCUGGCUACGCUGCCGUGGCUGCACGACCACUUUCCCCUUCCAAGGCCUCUCUGCUACCGCGCCGUCUGCUUCGUUGGCCAAGUUGCAGACAGUCAGCCACAACGGCGUUCAAUGUCCAAAUACAAAUUGCGGAAACAUCCUACCCAAUAUCAGCAUAGUAGCUCAGCUCGAGUCUUCGAUUCGACAGUACCUCGCUUCCUAUUAUGCUGGCUACCUUGUGUGCGACGACCCACAAUGCGGGAACCGAACGCGCCAGAUGAGUGUGUAUGGCUCAAGAUGCCUGGGUCCUAAAGGAUUGGCAAAGGAUUGUCUGGGCAAGAUGCACUAUGAACUCAAGGAGAGGGACGUCUGGAAUCAGCUACUCUACUACCAGUCCUUGUUCGAUGUCGAUCGUGUAGCGAAGGAAGAUGUUAUCAAGGCUGAGGGUGAGGGUAGGGAGAAGAUCAAGGUGCUGGCAGAAGUCAACCGAGAGCGCUUCGGUACCCUCAAGGGCGUAGUGGACAAAUGGCUAGAGAGGAAUGGAAGGCAGUGGGUACAGAUGGAUAGUCUGUUUAGUUUUGCAUUGAAGGCGUAG